CAUAAUCUUGUAACAAAGAGCUUUUCUCUGCCAAAACCCCUUCUUUCUCCCAACAUUGUGCACUACAUCAGAUAGGAAAGUAGCUCCUAUUUUGUGGUACAGUUUGUGUCAAUGCCAGACUCAGAGUUUGCUAUUAUUUCUGUUAGUGUUUACUAGUAUUUCUAUUAUAGAGAUAGAUUGACUCUAGAUUGAUAGAUUGAUACUAUCUUAGUUUAUCAUGAUUGCAAAAGUGAGAAUAAUUUACCAUAUCACAGCUUUCAGCUGGUAUGCCUUUAUCAUUAAGUCCAUGGCUGCUAAGGAUGGAGAGAAGUUACCACCUGGGAUCUUUGAGUAUGGUGGACCCUGGAAGUACCUUACUUUCCUCAACCUGUUAUUGCAGAUGGUGUUCUUUGGGAUGGCCGUGGUGAAUGAUCUUCAGACUGGGAAAAACCCAGCAAAGGGUCUUAACAAGUGGAAAGACCUCAUCUUCUCUGUCCUCGCCUUCCCUGUAGGCAUGUUUGUGGUGCUGCUUUUCUGGGUGAUCUUUGCCUAUGACAGGCAGCUUGUCUACCCAGAAUCUUUAGAUGCCUUCUUUCCUCUCUGGAUGAAUCAUGCUAUGCACACCGUUGUCAUGCCUAUCUUACUUGGGGAGAUCCUGCUUCAACCUCAUGUGUACCCAAAGACCAACAAUGGCUUAGCUGCCUUAGGAGUUGUGGGCUUGGCUUAUUUGGGCUGGGUGAUAUUUAUCUACCUGGCGGUAGGUCUUUGGGUGUAUCCUCUCCUCGGGCUCCUUAGCACCUCUGGUGUGUUGGGGUUAUUCCUCUUCAACAUGACGGUGGUGACAAUGAUGUAUCUGCUAGGACGGACCCUAAACAACUGUAUCUGGGGAAAAGGCAAGACGGUAACUAAAAGGAAAUGAAACUCAGCCCAUUUUCCUCUUUCAAUCUAUUGGGGCCGGAUACAUUGCUGUCACUCAGAUAUCCCCAACGAACCUCAAGAAAUACUGUAUGUGUAUGAAUAGAAAUUCCACACAGGGUCUUAUGUCAUAUGUACUGUCCUCUGACAACAUAGUUUCUAACAGACAUACUGUAGUUUUUCUUUUUAAAAGAAAUGUUAUCAGCAUCACAAUAAGAAAAUAUAACUCAAUGUUGAAAAAAUAAUAAUCACAUUUAGGCUUGAUUGGUUUAGUCCUUUUUUACCAGGAAGUUACCACAACAUUCUCAAAACAAUAGUUUUCUACUUAUCAACAUGUUCUGACUACAACUUGACCAAAUGAAAAUAUGAGAGUAUACAAGGGGUGAUAAAAUAUAUUUUUAUACCACUUUUUGUCUUGAGAUUGGAAUAUCAUUGUGUUUCCAGAGGCUGUAUGAACACUUGUCAUAACAUACAUAUCUGUCAAGUGGAAAUCAUGAACAGUAUGUGAGCUAUUAUAGUCUCAAAACCAUGGUUGUGUGUACUUUUACCACAACAGGACAUUGGAUGUUUGCUUUUAUGACCAAACAUGUAAUUACAAGGCACAAAAAAAGCAUGACAUAAAUAUGAUGGAAGUCAUCUUCAUUUUGUAGAUAUCAUUUCAUUAUUCAAUAAUUAAUAAAUAAAAUAAAGGGCAGCACAUCACUGCAAUGACAA